AUGCCAUUAUGUUUCGGAGGUAAUGACGAUGCCGAGCCACCAGACGAAUACGACCAGAUCCCAUUCGGUCUGAAAUGGCGCAUGCAUUUUGGCAAGAAAGAGACGGACCCAGCUACGGGGGAGAAUGUGCUGCGAUUGAGCAACACGAGGAUCCUGAAGACUCACUGCGUCAGCACCGAGUACCAGGCCCUCAAGUUGAUCGACCUGCACACAUCGAUACCUUCGUACAAGGUAUUGGCCGUGUACAACAGACCCGAGGGCAAACUAGCCGAGUAUGAGGCGCACCCAGGAAAUCCUCUGGAUCAAGUAUGGCCUGGAAUGUCUGCCAACCAGAAGCACAAGGUCGUGUCAGAUCUGGCUCGGUCUGUAGGGCAAUUGAGGGAAAUGCAACCUCCCAAACAGUGUGUGGUUGGAGAUGCGACUCUGGGCGCUGCACUCGACCACCGAUUCGGGUCCGGCAGGGUAGGCCCGUUCUUCUCGAUCGAAGCAUUCCAGGACUUCGAGAGGCGUGGACACUCGGUGCACGAAUUUGCCGAGAAGGAAGUCCAGCUCGUUCAUGCGCCGCAAAACCCGUACGAAUUGAAGUUCACUCAUGCCAAUCUCUGCCCGAAGAACAUCCUAGUGAAUGAUGCGGGGAGGAUAGUCGCCUUGAUAGGAUGGGAGUCCUCGGGGUGGUAUCCCGAGUACUGGGAGUAUACGCAGAUGUGCCAUUUGACGCCGAAAGCUACGGGUGACUGGCUGGAUGCUAUGCGUCGGGUCAUUCCCCGGUAUGAUCAAGAGCUGAUCUGCGAAGAGGCGAUUCGCAAAAGGUAUUGUGGGUCGAUAUAUGACUCUCCGAGGAGUGUCAGGGCUCCAAGUCCCAGCCCGAGUGAGUUGCAUGCUGAGCAGCAGGAGAUUCAUCAUAAGAAUACGUCGAGCACGAGUGGGUGA